UAAAAUCUGUGAGUGAGAAUGGGGUUAUGUGUGUAAAACUGUACAGUAAAAUAUAUUAAUAGUAAUUAUUAUUUGUAACAUGUAGUUUUAAUGAAUAAAUAUCACCAUUCGAGGAGGAUUCUUCAUUACUAUUGCUGAGUAAUUGAUUGAUUACUUAGUCAUUUUAGUAUAUUUUGAGAAAGGUCCAGCAACAGAAUAAGCAAGUGGAUUCAAGCAUGUUCGGACCAUUAAGCUUCCCCUCUUAUGAAAAUGAUUUAAAAUGUGUCCCAUAUGAGAGUGCACCUGUUGUAACUACGUGCUGCUUGUGUGAGAGAAAAUUUAAUCUUGAGUUACAACAGGAUGAAUUUUUGCAACACACUUUUGACAUCCACAGACUGGUCAUUGCUGAUGUUCCUCUCAUUGCUAGUCUUGAAAAGUACAUCAGUUACUGGAGAGUAAGACUAAAAGGAAAGAGCCUUAAAGAAUUUUGUUCAACUGUAUUGGUAGAUGUUGAAAAGGACAAUGAAAUAUUAAAGAAUCAGGAAUAUUUCCUGUUAUCAGAUGUUCUUCCAGAGGAUAGACAGUUGAGAAAAGGCCUACAGCAACAAAGAUUGGAAUGGGCUCUUGAACAACAGAAAUCAGAAAGGGAAGAUAGAAAUUUCUCCAGAGGAUGUCUCUUCUGCCUCGCCCAUAUAACUGGCACCCGGGCACAAUACUUAGACCAUCUUGCUGAACAACACAACCUCCAGCUCGGUCACCCACACAACUUAGUCUUUGUAGAUCAGCUCAUUGACAAAUUACAGGAAAAGAUAACGAGAUUGCAGUGCUUGUACUGUGAAAAGGUGUUCAAAGACAGAGUUGUAUUGAAAGAACAUAUGCGAAAAAAGCUGUGGCACAAAAGGAUCAAUCCUGAAAACAAAGAAUAUGACCGAUUUUAUAUUGUGAACUAUUUGGAACCUGGAAAAACAUGGAAGGAACAGCAAGGCCCAGAGAGGGAGACAGCCACUUGUGACGAGGACACGGACUGGUCUGACUGGACUGAGGAGACAGGAGAUAGUAUUGUGUGUCUACUUUGUCCCCACUCUGGCACCAACUGGGAGGAUGUCACAUCUCACCUGGCAAGUGAACAUAACUUCAACUACGAAGAGUUGACCGCAGACUUAGAUUUUUACCAACAGGUGAAGCUGGUGAACUACAUAAGACGGCAGGUGUACAAGAAGAGCUGUAUAAUCUGUGACGAGAAGUGUGACACAAACGAUGAUCUGUUGGCCCACAUGAAGACAGCAGGACAUUUAACCAUGCCUCAUUGCAUGAUGUGGGAUCAGCCUGAGUACUACUUCCCCACGUAUGAAAAUGACCUAUUCUUAUGUCAAAUUGAAGAUUCCAAAUCUUCUGAAGAAGAGGAAAUAAAGGAGAAAAUGGUUUCUUUACAUUUGUCAGAAAACAAGGAAAUUAUUGAAAAGUUUAAAAAAAUACUUUCUGAACCUUGAAUUGUGAAAUUCACAAGAGGAAAGGGCGCAGUUGUCAUCUGGUGGUUGUGAAGUAAGAGUAUGAGUGCCGAUUGAAAACCAUUGUACAUUGAACAGAAGGAAGUUAUUUAAGCUUACUGGUUUUAGCUUAAAAGUAAGAUAAAUGUCAUUCUUUUUGUGGUACUUAUAUUAUUACUAUCCUAGUCUGUAAAUAUUUAUUUGUAUUCUCACUGUGAAUAAAGGAAUAAUAUAAUUGGAAGAACUGGUAUUCUUAUAUAUCCAAGCUAUUGUUGUUAAAGUUAUUAAUUUGUAAAGUAUUUGAUUUUAAAAUAUAGUAGCUUGAUUGACGUAAUUAAACUAAAUUUCUUUAAAUUUUCAUUUAAGAAUCGUUAAAUUAUUAAUCAUUAAAAUUAUUCCUUUAAAGAAUGUUAUCUGUUUUGCCAAUUUAAAACACUAAAAUUUAGUUAUAAAGACUUUCCCAAAAAACAGGAUGUCUCUUUGAGAAUGUAAGAUUUGUGUGAAACUGUUGUUGAUUGAAUAAUAAAAGUUUAUUGCGAUGUUA